CGUCACACACUAAAUCAAAACCAUGAAAUGACCAUCUUUAAACAUCGUUAGGUACAUGUAACGACUCAAAACCUCUAUAUUUUAAACCAAUUAAUUUCUAAUAACCGACUCCUGAGAUUAAUGUACGCAACUGUACACCAUCCCACCAUCUCCGGACUCUUGGUCUGACGCCAAGUGACGUCAUCCCAGGUACUCCACCACUUUCAAAAUGGCAGGAGCUACUAAAACUUCUAUUGUAUUUACGACAUUUUAUACAUAAAAGGGUGUAUUUGUAAGAAAGACGUAUGUGCCAUUGAAAGUGAUAUAAGAUAAGACGUUUUGGUGUAACGGAUCAAUGUAGUGGGCACGCAUAAAAUGCUACGCGGAGCGGCUACGGGCGCCAAAACCGUAGAACCACCGUAACGGCGUAGACGCGCUACGCGACGCGACCGGGUGCAAACUUAGUUCGUUCGUGUAUUUGGGCCACAGCCAUGAAGACCGGCUACCGCAACCUGCUGGCGAUGACGGCGAUGUGCCUGAUGAUGGGCGCCGCCGCCAGUCCGGCCAGGAGGUCGCAGGACAUUGAGGCCAGGCGUCGGAGCGCAGUGGACCGGAGUCUGAUCAGGUUCGGCAGAUCGUACCCGGCAGAACCAUCCGCGGCAGACAUACGAGAGCUGCUGCAGCGUCCCGUACGAAGAGGCACCAGCUUCCUCCGCCUCGGCAGAUCUCAACCCUUAACCAUGAACUCCGAUGACAUCAUAUCCCUCUUAAAGUCUUACGAGGAAUACGAAGAACCAACCAAGAGGGGAACCACCUUCAUGAGACUCGGAAGGAGCCCGCAGUUUAUGAGGCUGGGCAGGUCUGGUGAGAAGCUUGAAGAACCUGGUGUCUACCAAGAAAGGAAGAGUAGAGCUCGGGACCAGUUCUUGAGGCUUGGGAGAGACAGCGAGGAAUUCAACGAGGUAGAUGAGGAAGAUGAGGAGAGUAGAAAGAAGAGGGACGCGUGCCAAGAGUGUCAGGCGUAAUCGUGUUGUGGUUCAUGGCUUGAGGUUUCUUGCACUAAUUGGUUUACCUUUUAGUUUCCUAAAUCUGAAAUAAUUGGGUAAAAAGGUAAGGUAAUUUAAAAUAAAUUAUGGGUCCAUUCUGAUUCUGCUGCUCCAUUAUCAGUAAUUUACAUACAUAGAUGUUUUUAUAUCUACGCACAAAUGUUUUAAUGUUAAAAAUGAUUUGGGUCUAUUUUAUCAAAUAUUCGCUCCUGUAAGAAUUUGCAUGAAAUCUCAAGCCAUCAUGUCUCUUUCUGACAUCCUAAAGGUUAUCUAAGAAAAUGAAUUUCCCUGGCUAUUCGAUGUCUCAAGACGCUAUGGUGCAUUGAUGUAACAAAUUUUGAAAACCUAAUACGUAUUUUUAAACAAUUAAACACUAUUUACAUGUGACUAUGAUAUUAUUGUAUAUUUAGGUUAGUUUCUAAAAUAGAUAACUAAAAGUGGUGUGGUUUUGUGAUCUUGACUUCGCAUUUGAAAAAAUACUUAUGAAGUACCUAAAGCAAAAUGCGCUUACAUUCUCUAUAUUAAACAUUAUAAUCGUACCAACAUCUCUAUUACUACACUUACAUACAGUAUUAAAAUAAAUUCUUUCUAAAAUAA